AUGUUAUGGAUUUUGAAUCGUAUAGAUUCUCAAGUGUGUGAUAAUCUUCCAUCUGAUAAACUCUGUUUGCAUAAACAACGUAACCAUAUAGAAAAAAGUUGCUCAAAAGAUCAACGGAAAGUAGCGAAAAUGCGCAUGAUUGGCUUCCAAUUGGAUCAAAUAAAAGAUGAAUAUACGAGAUUAAAUGGCUUAAAACAAUUUAAAAAGCUAAGAAACUUUAUUGAACAAGUAAAUUAA